UCCGUGCCAUAUCCGGCAUCGAUCCAAUCACCUCCUGCCGGAUCCACCACUUCGCCCGCCGCAGGCCGCACCUUCCCUAACCUUCCUUGCACGACCCGGCGGCCAAACCACCAUAACCCUCUGCAUCGCCGGCCGGCCGUUGUUGCCAUACCAAGCUAGGACUAGGAGGCCCUUUCUUCCCAUAUAAACCACCCACCACAAUCCCUCGCCAAAUCAAAUCCGCCGCAUCUCAAGUCAGGUGCGAUUCGAAUCGACCAAGAACAGCAGCAGCAGCAGCAGCAGGCAUGGGGUCCGCCAGCCGCGCCGUCUCGUGCCUCUGCUGCCCCUGCAGGUGCCUCGCCUGCGGGCUCCUGAGCUGCCUCUGCAGCAUCCUCAUCUCCCUCCUCGUCACCCUCGGCGUCCUCGCCCUCGUCCUCUACCUCAUCUUCCGCCCCCACAUGAUCGCCGCCACCGUCGACUCCGCCUCCCUCGCCACCUUCACCCUCUCACCGACCUCCUCGCUCGCCUACAACCUCACCGUCGCCGUCACCGUGCGCAACCCCAACAAGCGCGUCGGCCUCUACUACGACAACGUCGAGGCCCUCGCCUUCUACAAGGCCCAGCGCUUCGGCUACGACCCCAUCGACGCCUUCUACCAGGGCACCCAGGAUUCCACCCAGCUCAAGCCCGAGUUCCACGGCCAGCAGCUGCUCCAGGGGGACGUCACCGCCGCGCAGUUCAGGCAGGACCAGACCGACGGCAACUUCGCCAUCAACGUCGGCCUCAACGCCAAGCUCAGGGUCAAGGUCUGGGCCUUCAAGGUCCGGGGGCCCAAGGCCAGGAUCACCUGCAGCCUCCUCGUCCCGGCGCCGGGAGCCACCAACGGAGCCACGUUCCAGCCCACAGACUGCAGAGUCUGGUUCUGAUCUGCUUGCCUGCUGUUACUGCUAGCUAGUAGCUGCUAUUGGCUUCGAUUUGUUCCUGGUGGCUGGUUCCUGUUACUGUAUAUCGAUCGACCGCCGGCUGCUCUAGAUUCUAGAUCCCGCCCCGUACCCUUGAUUUAGGCAUGCACAUAUUCAUUAUAUCCAUCCAUGGAUGACUCUCUUGUUUCUCCAUUUAUUUGAUCGAUAUCGAUAUUUACUACUAGUGUAGUAUACAAUUUGCUACUGCUCUUCAGAUAUUCAGAUUCUGUUCUGUUCCA